ACUCGUUUUUAUAUUCAUUUUGAUUUUCUUCAACUUUCUCUUUCUUCUUCACCGAUUCCUCCAGAACUGCAAGAGACAGAGAGAGAAAAUCAAUUCUUCAUAAUUGGAAUUGUUCUCUCUUUAGAUGUUGACUUCACAUUGAUUUUUACCCCCUCCCCCUCUUCACAUUACUCUGUCUCAGAUUACGCCAGAAAAUUCUCACACCCAUCCACAUUCCGCUGCAAAGAUCAGUGCUUUCUGCUUUUGCAGGAUCAUCUUCUGUUAUUUUAACUUUCCAUCAUCUGGGUGACAGUUUCUUUUGCUUUCAAAAUUGAAAACUUUUUCCGGCUCCGGUCACCGGCCGGGGAUCUUUUCUGAGCUGCCGUGAAGACUAAGAUUUGACGGGGUUGUUGGGUUGGGGUUUUUCUUCAGCGAAACGCGAUUAAUUCUUCUUAAAAAAAAAAGAAGAAAGAGAAAAGUUGAAGUUUCUAAGUUUCUCUCUCUUGAAGCUUAAAAAAGCUGUAUUUGCUUUUGUUUUUCCUCUGUUUGUGUGUGUGGGGGGAUUGGAAUGCCGGGGUCUAUAAGAGGGGGCUGAGAUUUCUGUGACAGAAUCAGAGAUCUAAGGCUGUGUUUGGUUUUGGAUUGACGCAAAGGCAACUUAUUUGUGAAAGAGAAAGAUGAUGAAGAUGAGGAACAUGACAAACGAGGUUUCCACUAUGAAUGGAAACUCAGGUUCAAUGGAGUGGGAGAUGAGGCCAGGUGGAAUGCUGGUUCAGCGUCGAACCGCUGAAUCGGAGCGGAACUCGGUGCCGCCACCGACAAUUAGAGUUCGGGUUAAGUACGGGUCAACCUACCAUGAAGUCAACAUUAGUUCUCAAGCUACAUUUGGGGAAUUGAAGAAAAUGCUUUCUGGGCCAACUGGGUUGCACCACCAAGACCAAAAGCUAUUUUAUAAAGACAAGGAGAGGGAUUCCAAGGCGUUUCUUGACAUGGUUGGUGUCAAAGACAAAUCCAAGAUGGUGCUCAUGGAGGAUCCUAUUAGCCAAGAAAAAAGGUACUUGGAAAUCAGGAAGAAUGCAAAGAUGGAGAGAGCUGCUAAAUCUAUAUCAGAAAUUAGCUUGGAAGUAGAUAGGCUUGCUGGGCAGGUGUCUGCUCUUGAAUCAAUAAUUAGUAAAGGUGGGAAGGUUACGGAAACGGAUGUGCUUAGUUUGAUUGAGUUGUUGAUGAAUCAGCUGCUUAAAUUGGAUGGUAUAAUGGCUGAUGGGGAUGUUAAAUUGCAGAGAAAAAUGCAGGUUAAAAGAGUUCAAAAGUAUGUUGAAACUCUGGACAUGUUGAAAAUUAAGAAUUCAAUGGCUGGUACUAAUGGAGGUCAUGCCUCAAGAAAGCCUCAACAAAAGCAUUUACAUGGGAAGAGAUUGGCACCGAUUGAAGAGCAACCAGAAAGUCUGUUAAAUGGGCAUCAUAGCUUAGCACCAAAUCAGGAGAAGCAGGAGCAACAACAAUCUAGGAAUUCUACCUCAGAAGUAGUAGUUACCACAAAAUGGGAGACAUUUGAUACUCUACCCCCGUUAAUUCCAAUCACUUCCACAUCCUCGUCCAGCUCAAUCACCAAUAAUUCAGUUCAUCCCAAGUUCAAUUGGGAAUUCUUCGACUAAAUAGUAUACCACGUGUUUGUAAUUGUGUGGAUGUUAUUUGGGUGUGUCUUCCACCUGGAGUGUUACCAUAUGUUAUACAUUCUUUUGUGUAUUUAGAUUUGUUUAGCCCCUUUUGUAUGUUAUUUACUUCACUAGAAAUAAACGAGGUUGCCA